CCUCCCCCCUUUCUUCUUCUCCUCCUCCUCCUUUUCCUCCUUCUCCUCCUCUACUCCUUCUCUCCUCCUCCUCAGACCUUCUCUCUCUUCUGAUCUGUCCGCAUAUCUCACUCCCACUAACCGUUUUUCCUAGUGCCUAAGAAUUUCGGGCGAGUUUCUCACGCUUUUCCAUCCUUCUCAACAUAGAGGCAUAUAUGGCGAAUUCGCUUUGCAGCACCAAGACCAGGAAGACGCUCGCUGGCUGGCCGACCAAGAUGUGAUGCACCCUACUCAAAUUCAAGACAGGAGAGAAGAAACUCAGCGUAGAGGACGACCAGACCGACUUCAAUUCCCCCUCUUCCGCCUUGGCAGUCCCCAAGUCGACCGUCAACUCGAUUUUGAGCAGGAAUUGGAUCAGUCACAAUUAUAUAGCACAGAGGAGCACCAUGAUCUCCGAGGAUGGCAGAGGCAUGUGGACCGUGGCAGCCUCCCUCCACCUCCUCUGCCCAGCGGUCCGACACCACCCUCGAAACCUGGCACAGGCGUUUUUGCGAUUGGACAGGCUACUUCUACGCCCUCCUCGACCUUCGAUUUGGCCGAACUUCCGCCUCCGCCGCCUUUGUCGCGCUCGCCUCCUGCUCCACCACCACACUCACCGAGAUUGCCGCUGAUUCCGGGCGAAUCUUUAUUGCCCGCUCCCAUGCGCUUGCUUCCCUACCUUCCUCCAACUUGCUCUUCGGCAGCAGAUCCCUUUGUACCCCAACCUUUGCGCCGCGGUGAAGAAGCGGAGAGCACUUGCGAGUCGCCACUCGGAUUGGCUCAAGAGGAGCGAAGCGAGAGCAUGGACCGUUAUCGAUCGCUUCCACCUCCACCACCACCCACCCACUCUUCAUACAGUCGUUCGCCGUGGAUCAGCAGAAGGAUACAAGAGGGGGACGCCCCUUCGAGCCAAGCAUCGAGCUACCCAACCGUUUCGCCUUCUCCCAAAACUCUUUUCGCCCGAGGUCGGCCUUCAUCACCCACAUUUUCGUUCAAGGCUGGCAAACGAGCCAACGAAAGCGGAAGGGCCGGUGGGAAGAGAUAUGAGAGGAAACGAGCGAGCAGAAGUGUCGAUCUCGGCCUGGUGCUAACGAGGUCCGAACGUGCUUCACUGGCUUCGAUUGACGAUCUCGCACUGUUCUCCGACAUGGAGGACAUGAGAAGGGGCAGUCUCUCGGCUGGAGAUACUUCAUCUUUUGCCAGCACGGUUCGACAACGGCUGCGGGGCGGGCCGCGGACGAAUUUUGAAGGCAUUGCUAUCGGCAAACAACAUGCGAGCACAGGCUGGUCCCAGUGGACGAAGGACAUGGCUCGAAAGAGAAAGGAAGAGCUUCAGCAGGAAAGAGAGGUCUGGGACGAAAUCGAGAGGGAGGGACCCGAACCACCCGGCAAAUCUGCCUCUGUUUCUCCUUCUUUGCCAAUGUUCUCAUUCGAGGGGGACCAGGAUGGGGAUCACUCGCCUUUACGAGGUCACGAGGAAGAAUCCACAGCAAAGCAACUGCACCAGGAACUCUUUCGAAAAGUGUCGGGAAGGCGACCAGCAAAGGCUGGGGAUGAGUCAAUUCGCAGACUGAACAUGGGAGAGGAAGAGAAAAUAUAGUGGAGAGAGCCGUGCUUUGUAUCAUUGGUUCUGUGAGCG